GGCGGUUGCUGGCGUGAAAUGGCACUUACGGGGUUGAAGUCAACUGAGGUGAUGCUACUCAGCCCUGCCGUUGGCUCGAGCGCUCCCAACCCCUCCUCUCUCCUCCCCAGCACCUGCGGACUCGGAUGGGCCCCUCUACCUGCCCUACAAGACGCUUGUGUCCACGGUCAGCAGCACGGCGUUCAGCGAGGGGGAGGCCCAGUGGCUCAUCGAGAUCCUGAGGGAGAAAGCGGGCAUCGUCCAGGACACCUGGCACACGGCCAUGCAGAAGGGUGACCCUGUCACUGUCCUGAAACGCCGGCUGGAGGAGAAGGAGAAGCAGCUCGCCACUGAGCAGGAGGCUGCAGCCGCUGCCAGAAACAAGAGGCGGGAGCUGAGCAAGGAGCUGGUGGCCGAGCGGGCUAAGGUGAUGGCUCUGGAGGGCAAGCUGAAGGUGCAGCUGCUGGCCUGCGAACAGGAGUUGGAGCUGAGGCAGGCACGCAUGCAGGCCAUCAACCAGGACCAUGCCCAGAAAACGCAGCAGCUCCAGGACAAGAUCCGGACCCUGCAGGAGCAGCUGGAGAACAGACCCAACACGCAGCUGGCUCGCCUGCAGCAGGAGAACUCCAUGCUGAGGGAUGCCCUCUACCAGACCAGCAGCUGGAUGGAGAGCAAGCACAACCCUGAGCUGGCCAGGUUGCGGGAGGAGUACGCCAAGCUGAUGAACGAGCUGUCUGAACAGUCAAAGGUGCUGCAGCGAAAGGAGCAGCAGAGGAAGAGCCUGGAGCUCAAAGCGUCAGCCUUGCAGAUGCAGAUGGAGCAGCUGCAGGUCAGGCAAGCGCCUGUAAACCUGCUCCCCUCAGAGAGACGGGGCGCGUGGCUGAAUUGUGUGGGAUCCGUGGGGCUGGCCAUGGGGAGAGCUCAGGGGGAGAUGAGCGUCCGCAUUUGGAAAGCGAGCUGCCUGGCGGCCCCCCUGUCAGUUUGUCACAUGCCAGGAGCUCCAUUGCGCAUUGCCGGCAAAGCCCAGGGGGCACGCUGCCCUGGUGGGAGCCGUUCUCGCUCACCUGUGAAGCUCACCAGCCGGCUGUGA